UUUUCUAGUUGGGCGGUUCGGAUCGGAAGAAUAGCGGGAAAGUGUUUGCGUGUGCGGACAGGUUUUUUUUUUCCAAAGAGUGGAAAUUUUGCUGUGCUAAAUUUUCCAGCUUCACCCGUGUGAUGUGACGAGAUUAUGUGAGGAAAAUUUAAACGAAGAUUACCACAUCAAAGCAUCGAUUGGAUUACGGCAACUCAUCGGAACAAAUCUAGCAAACGAGCAGAAAUAUCAUCGCUGGAGCCAAUUAGUAGCGGCAAGUGUUGCAUGGAACGCGAGUGACACCGUAGGACGAUACCAGGAUGUCCCACUUUAGAAUCGAUUCGCUGCCCGAUCCGGAGAAUCGCUAUGAGCUCGGCGAACUGCUUGGGGCUGGAGUGUGCGCCAGGGUGUACAAGGCGGUGGACACCAAGGCCAGCAACAAGACGGUGGCGAUCAAGAUUCAAAAGUACGAGGCGGAUCUCAAGUCGGUGAUCCAGGAAGAGUUCCGGAUUCUGCGUGAUUACUCGAAGCAUCCGAAUCUGCUGGAGUUUUACGGUGUCUACCGGAAGAAGGUUCCCGGAGAGGCCGACGAGAUCUGGUUUGUGCUGGAGUACUGCGAAAAUGGUCCGGUGGUGGACGUGAUCCGCAAGAUACAGGUCACCAAUCGGCGAGUUAGCGAGGAGCAGAUCGCGUACAUCUUGCGGGAAACGGCUAAGGCGCUGAUCUACCUGCACGAGAACCACAUAAUCCAUCGCGAUGUUCGGGGUCACAACAUCCUGCUGACCAGGGACGGUGAGGUUAAGCUGUGCGAUUUUGGUCUUUCGAGGGAUAUAAAGUCAACGCUGGGAAAGCGGGGCACUUGCAUCGGAUCACCGUGCUGGAUGGCCCCGGAGAUCAUCACCAGCGGAAAGAAUGACAACGAAGUCUACGACAACCGUUCGGACGUGUGGGCGCUGGGAAUUACGGCGAUCGAACUGGGCGAUGGCAAGCCUCCGUUUCACGAGAUGCACCCAACGCGGAUCAUGUUCCAGAUCGUGCGUAAUCCACCGCCGACGUUGUAUCGACCGGCCAACUGGACCCAGAACUACAACGACUUUAUCAACGAGUGUCUGGAGAAGAAUCCGGACCAUCGACCCUUUUCGAUGGAGAUCAUCGAGCAUCCGUUCCUGACGGAACUGCCCGAGAAUGAUUACCAUAUCGGUCAAGAGCUGCGAAUGCUCGCCGAAUCGGUUCAAGAUGUGCUGCUGAUCCACAAGGACGAAAUGAAGUUCAUGAAGGGGGCACUUAAGGGACCGGAUAACAAGACGGAAAAGAUGCACGUUGAAGAUCUUGCCGCGCUCGAGACCCUCUCUGAGGAGACAAUCUUGGACGAGCUGAUCCAGCGGUACAAGAGUGGAUCGACCUACACGUUCGUGGGCGAUGUGCUGCUAUCGAUGAACCCGAACACGGAGAUGCCGGAUUUGCCGAGAGGGUUCCACUCAAAGUACAACUGCAAAUCCCGGUCGGACAACUCGCCGCACAUCUUCGCCAUCGCCGAUAGCGCCUACCAGGACAUGUUGCACCACGAAGAACCGCAGCACAUCAUCAUGUCCGGUGAGAGCUACUCCGGCAAGACCACGAACGCCAAGCUGUGCAUGAAGCACCUGGCUUAUCUGGGUGAGGGCAACUCCGGAGUAGCCCAGAAGAUCCAGUCCGGGUACAAGGUUCUGUCGGCGUUGGUAAACGCCGGAACUCCGCUGAACUCGGACUCUACCCGGGCAAUCGUGCAGACGCAGAUGACGUUCGGAUCAACGGGGAAGCUAUCCGGUGCCAUUUUCUGGGUCUAUCUGCUCGAAAAACUUCGAAUCUCAUCCACCAACAUGAACCAAUCCAACUUUCAUAUAUUCUACUACUUCUACGACGCGAUGGAGGCCGAGCAACGGCUGCGUGACUUCUCGCUGGAACGUGGCCGUAACUACCGUUACCUGCGUAUCCCGGAGUCUACCGCGGGAACCAAGCUCAAGUACGUUCGGGACGACAUCCAGGGCAACGUAACGGCAUUCCACGAUUUCGAGCAGUUACUGCUCGGACUAGAAAUCUCGCCCGAACUGGUCGAAACGUUCUACAGGACGUUGGCGUCCGUUCUGCUGCUGGGAGAGGUUCGCUUCCGGGACAACGACGGGGUUACCGAGCUGGAGGAUUACGAAGUGGUUGGCAAGGUGGCCAACUUGUUGAAGCUGGACGAGAAAAAGUUCCAGUGGGCGCUGCUGAACUAUUGCGUCAUCAUUAGAGGUUCUGCGGAGAGGAGACGCCACUCGGCGGACGAGGCACGUGACGCGAGGGAUGUGCUGGCGGCUACGAUCUACACCCGGCUGGUGGAUUGGCUGGUUAAUACCAUUAAUCAUAAGAUGUCGUUUGGAAGGGCUAUAUUCGGUGACAACCACUCCAUCACCAUCACUGAUCACUUUGGAUUUGAGUGCUUCCACCGGAAUCACAUUGAUCAGCUGGUGGUGAACUCGCUCAACGAGCAGAUGCAGUAUCUGUACAAUCAACGUAACUUCGUUUAUGAGAUGCUCGAACAGGAAGAAGAACAAAUCCCAGUUGUCCAACUGCAUUUCUACGAUAACAAACUAGCUGUAGAUCAUCUGAUGAACAAACCUAAGGGUAUCUUCAGCUUCAUUGACGACGCCAGUCGAGGUCGGCAUGGUCAAAACUACAUCAUCGACUCCGUUCACACCAACAACAGUCCGUUCAUCAAGCGGGCCAGCGCCAGUGAGUUCAGUGUGGCUCAUUACACUGGACGGAUAACCUACGACGCCAGGGAUAUGGCCGACAAGAAUCGGGACUUUAUCCCACCGGAGAUGAUCGAAACGCUGAGAAACUCCACGGAGGACAUGGUGAAGAUCUUGUUUUCGAACCCUCUUUCGAAAACGGGAAAUUUGACGAUGGCCGCCGAAGAAACGCUGGGAGUUCACACGCAAAAGUCGAACAAGAAGAAGCGCUGGGGAGCGGCGCUCGUUGCGGAAAAGUGCAAGGUCAAAAAGAUGAUGAACACGCUGUCCCGAGGUCAGUACUCGCAGGUGCACAAGAUGCGUACGAUCGCUAAUGUGUACCGUGCGACCAGUCUGGAGUUGAUCCGCUCGUUGGCGAUCGGACCGAACAGCGGAGGAACGCACUUUGUGCGCUGCAUUCGGUCCGAUCUGGAGUAUCAAGCGAACGGCCUGUCCAAGGAGAUGAUACGGCAGCAGGUUCGUGCGAUGGCGGUUUUGGACACGGCCAAGGCUCGCCAGAAGGGCUUCUCGCACCGGAUUCCGUUCCAAGAGUUCAUUCGGCGGUACCAGUUCUUGGCGUUUGACUUUGACGAGAAUGUUGACUUGACGCGGGAUAACUGCCGACUGCUGUUGAUUCGCUUAAAGUUGGAGGGUUGGGUUAUUGGGAAGACCAAGGUGUUUUUGAAGUAUUACAACGUGGAGUAUCUGUCGCAUCUGUACGAGACGCAAGUCAAGAAGAUCAUCAAGGUGCAGUCCAUGAUGCGAGCGUUCCUGGCUAAGCGGGUCAUUGCGUCCAAGCUGAAGAGCAUCCAUCGAGAGUCUAUUCGCAAGCGCCAAAUCCAGGACAAUCCGGAACAGGCCGCUACCAAGAUCCAGACCGCAUUCCGGGGCCACAUGGCUCGAAAGAAGUACCGGCCGCUGAUCAACGAUCGCACCGGAAAAUUGGACGACGAAACGGCCGAGUUCAUGAAGCCGUUUGCGUACCGCUGGCGGAAGAAGUCGAUGUACCAGAUUCUGUUGAUGUACCGUGCGGCACGCUACCAGGAUCUGGUCAACUUUAGCCAACAGGUCCACAUCUACAACCAACGCUUCGUGGCGGGCACCACCACCUGCAGCAACUGCAUCAUGACGGAGAAGAUUGACGCGUCGCAGAAGAACCGUGCCCUGCUGGGUCCGGUAAAGCCUUCGGUUUGGAAGCUGCGCUUCCGAAUGGACGAGAUUCCGUUCUUCGACACGACCUACAUGUGCGACCCGUCGUCUGUUUCGUACAUGUAUACCGGUAACGACUCCGACACCGAAGACUGGGACGCUCCGCUGCGCCGCAGGAAGAACGUCUCGUCGGAGAUUACCAAAGCGGUCCAGCGCAACUCGGAAGACAAUGGGAUCGCGAACGAGCCGUUCCACCGGGAUCCGAGUCUUCCGAUCAAGAGAUUAUCCCCAGGAAGAACCGUCGACUACCAACCUCGUCGUUCCUCCCCGAUCGCUUCCCCGGUCAAAAUGUCCUCCGUGUAUACACCGGUUCCGUACGCUCGCCAAAGCAUCGACGACAUCCGUAACAAGUUCAGUGCCCCAGGGUCGGACGAAGUGCUGCCAAAGGUUGCCGUGUACAAGAAACGCCAAGCGCCACGGGCUCCAGGAGACUCAUUGGAGAAGGAACCGUCUCCCCCCAGCGAUCGUGAAAUCAACAAGAGCUACAAGAAGCGGCCAGCCCCGCAACCGGCGGCCGUCAGAUCGGACUAUGGCUACGAAACCAAGGUGACCCCGACCAAGAUCAAUCCCAUUCGCGAGAUGCAAAUGAUUGGCAAGAAGAACACCGUGGACGAGAACGACAAUUCGGACGACGAACCGCCGUUCAACUUCCAAGGGAUGCUCCGCAAGACCAACUACAACCGGGCGUCGAUGAAGCGCACUCCGAACGACAGCCGGAUGUCCGUGUCGAACUUUGACUUUGACGACUUCAACAACAACAACAACAACAACAACGGAAAUUCGUUUGAAAAGUUCAACCGCUCGGAAGGAAACGUGGUCUACCAGAGCAAUAGACCCAAGUCUUGCCAGGGCAUCCAGGCGAACGAUUCCGCGGCAGGAGCCACCGCGUUGCAACGCAAACAUUCGCUGUCCCACGAUGCGAUGAUGUUCAAGGAGUCGGCUGAGCCAACCGACGAAGAUGGAGCUCGAGCUGGACCAUCGCGUAGCCAUUCGGUGUCACCGUUUGACGAGAACAGGAACAACUACGUCCACCAGGAGAUUGCUCCGGGGAUCAUUAUUGAGGGGUACUGUGAGGACAUUUAAGUUCGACGUUGAGAUGGGUGGGGGUGAUUAUUAAAUGUGCAAAGUUUAUGUUUGUCGUCUUCGUGGAUUGUUAAAUUUAUUGAUUGUUUUGCAAGAUUAAAGCUCUUUGUAUGUUUCGCCAAAAA